CGUAGCUGGGCAGCCGUGCUGGAAACGCCACGACCCGAGAGAGAGAAAUAUGGGUGAAAAUCAAGAUUUCGCCGUUUCUUUACAAGACAGCAAGGCUGCAUACGUGCUUAGCAAUGUUGCCGAAGUGGUUGAACGAAUUCUGACCUUCGUACCAACCAAAUCGCUCCUGCGAAUCGCAAGUGUGUGCAGGUUGUGGAGAAACUGUGCCCGCAGAGUGCUGAGGACUCAGCAGCAGCUCACCUGGGUGUCAGCCUGUGGACCGUCCAACACAGAGGUCCAUGCCCUCUGCAGCAUCCUGGCCGAGGAGGUGGAGAAAGUAUUUCUCCUGCCGAAUAAAGUUCUGGCAAUGGUAGACUGUGAGGCCUUCACUGGACAAGCUUAUUGCUACAGAGAGAGUAAAGCAAAAAAAAGUCGCCACAGUCCAGACACAGUUGAAGAACUGAACCUGCUCUUCCCCAAAGGCUGUGACAUCAUGGGCAUUGCUACACCAGGCAUAGUUUUGACUCCCAGUGGCUCUUGCUCCGGCCCCCCUCAGGAGUACCAAGAAGGGGAGGCAGGCUUUGCAAUCAUGUUCCCUACCAUGGAAGGUGUACACAUCAAGCCCUUUCACUUUUGCAAGAAGUCCAUCUCCCCAACUGCACUGAAAGAAGCAGGACUUGUUGAUAACCCAGAUCUGCGUGUGGUACUGAUGUUUGUCUAUGAGGCAUAUAAAUCUGGAGGUGCACGCUUUCUCACCCAGAUUUUGGAGCCGUUGGCUAAGAGCAAAGCUCUCAUCGCUGGAGGACUGGUAGAAAGUGUCUUCUCUCCUCCCAGACACUGCUGUAGCCAGGGUGCAUACGGUGUGGUGGGUCUGGCCCUGAGUGGCCCUAAGGUGCAGGGGGCAUCUGUGCUCUUGGACCAAGACGUCAGCAAUCCAAAGGCGGCUGAAGCCACAAUCCGGCGGUUAAAGGCAGCUAAAAUUCCUGAGAGGAACACCUUAGGCUUCAUGUUUGCCUGCGUGGGGAGAGGUCAGAACUACUACAACAACCAGACCAAUGUAGAGGCUGAUGCCUUUCACAAGGUGUUCCCCAACACCCCACUCUUUGGCCUGUUUGGCAAUGGCGAGAUUGGCUGCGACCGAAUCAUCAAAGACGACUACACGCUGUGCGACACUGACACGGACAGUCUGCAGCAUGAGUACACCACAGUCAUGACCCUGGUCCAUCUAGGCUGACUGACUGACCUGCAGUAACAACGUACAAACAGGAAAAAAGACGACCCAUUAUGUUCCUGUUUGCUACAGCAGUCGGGAACAACAAACAUUCAGUACCAAAUGUUACUCAUGUUACAAUAUCGCUGUCAUAAUUUCUGCUCAUAAAGCAGGAAAUUAUUCCUUUAGCCGUCAAUGCAUUGGCAUCAUUUGGGAAAUCAUGUCCCUUGGAGACGGUGUGUGAACGCAGCUCCAUAUUAAAACUAGUAAAUUUCACAAGUAGGACCCUGAAAAAAAAACCAAUCAUCUAUUAACAUUCAGCCGUGAUAUAGCACUCUUGUAAAAUAUGUGUAAAUAUUUUUCCCAGACUUCGCACACAUCGAUGGCAUAUCUUUCUCACCCUCUGACAUGAACCUCAUGGUUUGUUUGCUUUGCAGGUGAGUAACUUAUACACACUUGUGUAUCCCAAGCUAUCGUUGUUGAUUCAGCAAAGGCACUUUUUUUUUAUUCAUGUAAAUAUGAAGAGUGUGGCCCUUCUUCCACAAAAUCAAGGUAAUCUUGAUUUGAACGCUCUUCCUCCUCCUUAAGGUUUUUCACUUAAGAUUUUUACACUUUUGUCUUACCAAUGGAAAAAUGAAACCGUCUAAGCCUACAAAUUAAUACUAUUACGCAAGAUAUAUAUCUACCAUGGUUUGUUGGGCACAGGGAAUUCAGGCAGAAUCUUACAGUGCCUCUUUUUUUGUCCACAUGUCAGGUCAUAUCUCCUACUACCUACUUCCAACUGUUAAUGGUGGGGCUUAUUGGUCACUUCCUCUCCCCAGCUUAAAAGAAUAAUUCAACAGGGCAGAACGGCUGCCCUGUUGACUGUGUAAGUGACACUGACUGGCAGAAACUCUCGAUUUCACCUCGAUUUAGUCUCGGCUCUUGUACAAUUUCAAACUUUAGGAGACAGUUGUAGGUGGUCGGAAAUUGAAGAAUUGUCAGAAAAAAAUGUGAAUUCUAUUUUUGGGUCAUUACAAAGAAUGAGUAUUUGGUAUUCUUUGCAAAAGUCACAAAUGGUAAAGGUUCUUUAUGAAAUCUUGAUAAUAUAGUGUGAGACUAAAUACCCAGCUGCAUGUUUGAAAAAGCAGUCAAAAUUUUACAGAUUUUUUUUUUACAGAUGGCUUCAUACAUUAUAAUACUGGUCUCUGUAAAAAUUCAUUGAAUGCUGCGCAUUUCAUGUCUAGAUUUCUUUCUAGUUGGCCCUGUCAUUGAUUGAUGUCUUGCUUUUUUCUCACUAAGAAGAAAAUCCUGAUGACAAUAAGGUGCAAUUUACAGUUUAUAUAUGUGUUUGUUUUUGGUCAGUUAGUUGCUGUUAAUGUUGAAAUUAGCUGAUGUUAAGUUUAUCUUUUCUGUAAAAGCUGCAACAAUGAUUGUUGCAAGACUGAAGUAUUUCAAUAUUUUACUUUUUAAAAAAUGAAUUAGAAAUCAACAGCCAAGAGUAUCUUCCUUCUUCUUAUCAUAAUGUACACAUCUGCCCCUAUAGUUUUUGAGGAGGACAUUAAAAUGUAUUUUAAAUUAGUGUUUAUGACUCAUUUAACAAAAUUGUUUUGCACUUUUCUACAUGUGCCAAAUCAUAUCUGUUCUGCUCAUUUUCCUCAAUAAAUUCCAAACAUUCA